UUUAGCCACCGCCGCCAAGAGGUAGAGAGGAGGUUUGGUCUUCGUGUUCUUCUCGCCCUGCCCCUAUGAACCAGGGGCAUGGGUGCUUUUGUUUUCCGCCGCCGCCAAGCACAAGGGAAGAAAAGAGGAGGGCUCGGGUUUUGCUUCCGCCGUCAAGAGGAGAGUUGGUUUCCUCUCACGUUCCUCGUCGGCGCCGAGGCUGGCCGCCGUUCAUCUCCCCCUCCUCUUCUCUUCUUUUCCUCUCUGUUCGUCGGCAAGCCACCCCUCCUCCCUCUUCCUCUUCACGCUCUCUCGUCGCUGGCAGCGCCUCCUUUCUUUCUCCCCACUGACGUCUCUGGGGAGCGCCGUCGCCGUCUUAGGAAGUCUUCAACGACACCCAUAACGGUCUUUGCUUGAGCCGGCUAGCACCCCACAACUCCUUGCCCGGCUGCCUCCCCGCGUUGUAGCCACCUCCCCGCGCUGCAGCCGCCUCCACGCGCCGUAGCCAACGGGCUCCAUCGCCCCCAAUGGCGCCGCCUCAGCCUCUUGCAGCCACCGUCGCCGCCUCCUGCGGUCACCAUCAUCGCCUCCAGCAGCGGGCGCCACCUCCAACGGCCGGCGCCGCUCGUAUUAUGUGUUUAUGCCGACCUUCGAGUCGAGAUGGGGUUCUGGUCAUCGAGCCGUGUUGUGUUUCGCUAUUCGUACUAUUAUCAUGCUUGUGAGUUAUUUGUAUCAUCUGGCCUGCGAGCCGCUAUUAUAUCUGGCCUGCGUGCCGUGUGCCGGCCUGCGUGCCGUGUGCCGGCCUGCGAGCCGUUAUCAUAUCCGGCCUACGCGCCGUCUUUUUGGAUCCCUGUUGCAUGGCUUCCGUGUCGUCGCUCUCAGAUCCGGUUCCUCAGCUAUCCACAUUCAUCUACCCUUCAGGGCCGCGACGACUCAAUCAGCAUCGCGACCAGUUCACCGAUCCAUCCGAGGGCACCCCCGGGGUCAGGGUAUGUCCCUGUACUCAUCUUGUGUGUAUUUAGUGGCUUUACCAUUAUUUGACUACUUAUAUGUUCGUGGGACCCGUCUCGAGCAUGGAGAUAUCAGAGACCGGGGUAACUCGGUCGCUGGCUGCAAGUAGCGUUGACCGGAGGUGUUCCGAUGACUUGGUCAACAUAGAAGAUAGCUCACCCUCCGGGUCAUGAAAAUACGAUCAACAUUCAGAUAUGUCGUUCCGACAGUUCCAUCUUCUCAUAUUCUCGACAUGAACAAUUAUAAAUUACGUGAUUUAAACAUUCUAGAAGUUGAAGUAAAAUAAUAAUCUCAUACUUUAAACUAGAUAAAUAUUUUAAAAAUUAAUUUUUAAGCAUGAAUAAAUUGUGUUUUAAUAUAGCGACGGCGAGUCAUGCAGCAUGGAUUUGCCGACGAUGCUGGUCAAGACCUCGGCACAUGGAAUGAUCAAUGACCCGAUGGAGACGUGACGAGCGCCCGGCUCAGUUUCAUCGAACCUCCUCGCUCCCUCGGCCGCCUUUUCCGCCAUUGGAUCGGUCGCCGGACGGCGACGUCUCCGGCGCAUUCCUGCUGGCAUGCCAGCCACGUGAGUUUGCGGAAACAUCUUCGGCUCAAUACAUUCUGCAGCAGUACACGGCAGCUUCAGGAGGCGUCAAACUACUGAGCUCCAUCAGGAAUGCAUAUGCCAUGGGGAAGGUGAAGAUGGUAGCGUCGGAGUUUGAGACGGCCACUGGGAUCGUCAAGAGCCGGAACGCAACGAAGGACGCCGAGUCCGGUGGAUUUGUCCUCUGGCAGAUGGCGCCCGAGAUGUGGUACGUUGAAUUGGCUGUCGGCGGCAGCAAGGUCCGUGCCGGUUGCAACGGCAAGCUUGUCUGGCGUCACACUCCCUGGCUCGGUGCCCAUGCCGCCAAGGGCCCUGUUCGACCCCUUCGUCGAGCUUUGCAGGGACUUGAUCCAUUGACCACAGCGAACAUGUUUGCCGACGCACAGUGCAUCGGCGAGAGGAAUGUUAAUGGAGAGGACUGUUUCAUCCUCAAGCUCUGUGCGGAUCCACGGUCAUUGAAGGCUAGGAGUGAAGGCCCCGCGGAGAUCAUCAGGCAUGUCUUGUUUGGCUACUUCAGCCAAAAGACUGGACUUCUCACGCAUGUGGAGGACUCACAUCUGACUCGAAUUCAGUCGAGCGCCGGAGGCGAUGCUGUGUACUGGGAGACCUCAAUUAACUCCUCCAUCGAUGACUAUCGCCCGGUCGAGGGCAUGAUGAUCGCACACUCAGGGCGUUCAGUCGUCAAUCUUUUCCGGUUUGGUGAAGUGGCGAUGAGCCACAGCAAGACUAGAAUGGAGGAGGAAUGGACGAUCGAUGAAGUGGUUUUCAACGUUCCCGGCCUCUCACUUGACUGUUUCAUCCCUCCGGCCGACGUAAAACGUGGAACAGUCAGCGAAGCCUGUGAGCUGCCGCAGCAAUCGGAGAGGGGAAGAGGCAGUGUGAUGGGAAGUAAUAGGUCUAAGGUUGCAGCGCUUGAGAAGCCUCACGAUGUGGAUGAUGACAACAUCUUGUGGAGAGACGUCUGAUGCCAAACUGAAAUUGUUCAUGGACAGUUCUUUUGCUCAAACUGACUAUGACUGAAACUAUAGGAUUUCAGAAAGGAAUUUGAUGGAUUUUGGUAUCUGUGAAUGAAUUCAUCCUCUGUAGAUAUGGGCAUAAUUGUUCAUGAGUAUCAUCAGUUCCAGUAUAUUUGCCCUGCAGGAAAAUUCUGGUUUGUUAUUUUUUUUUCAUUUUAUAUACUUCAACUCUGCCAUCGCUGCUUGUGACACAAAGUGGAUGUUAACCAAA